AUGCACUGCUCGCGGACUCGCAGGUUGGGACGCUGGUGGGACGGCCCCCUGGGUGCCAACAGCAGUAAUGCGUGCAAGCUUUGCUCGCUCGGACGCUUUCAGCCCGUACAAGCGCAGGUUGGCAUCUCCAGCUGCUUGCCUUGCGCCGUGGGGAACUACUCCGAUGAACCUGGGGCUUCCGCAUGUCGCUAUUGCAGCCCUGGGUACUACAGUUCUUCCGUUGGCAGCUCUACUUGUCAGCUCUGCGAGGCUGGAACCUGGAGUCGUCAGCCGGGCACAGUGGGCAAAGCCAUGUGUGUGGAUUGUGGCGAUGAUUGCAGUGCAGGUGCUUCUGUAUCUAUUUCCUGGCAGGUCGUCAAUCUGGACUGCGCAGCCCUUGACCAGAAGCGGCGAGAAGACCUUUCAGCAGCUUAUGCCGCGGAUCUCGCGUCUACCUUUGGCGGAGUCUCUCCUCGAUACUUUCGAAACCUCGAUGGCGACGAAGCUGAGGUCAGCCUGAUUCCUUUGGGUCGUACCUCCUGCCAGGCCAGCUGCGUCCUGAUUCUGCCAGACGGGACAACGCUGCAGUCGAUGGCCAGGCAUGUGAGUCUUGCCCAACUACGGAGCUUGCUGCAUGGAUCUACACUUCUCUCUGCUGACAGCCCAGCGAACGAGCUGGAGAUUGUUGAUGUGGCAAUGAUGCCAAUGUCGUUUACCAGUCGGCCGGUCCAUUUCUCCAUAAGCUCAACGAGCCAAUUCCCGGUGACGUCUAUUACAACUACAGCAGCGACCAACUCCACUUCCAGCACUCGCUUCAUGGCCAUGCCGGCAGGGCCUGCCUUGAAGCUGCCUGCGACCAGCAACUCCUCACAGGAGGCGGCUCUCCCGGACUCUGACACUGCGCAACACCACCGACAAACGAUUGGCUUGCUUGUGUUCCUGAGUCUGGCCGCGUGUCUGUGUUGCAUGGAGCUGCUUCACUGCGCCUGGAAAUCAAGUGCCCGAACGAUGAUUUUUCGGUGCUGGAAGGCGCCCAACGGCAUGGCCAAUGGGAUGCAGUCCGACACAAGUGACAGCGAGGAUGCCUCGGAUGAUGAUGCAAGCAAGUCCAGCUAA